AUGUGCUUUACUAUUAUUUGUUUUUUAAUUUGUUGAAUCGUGGGAGCGAUUGCGGUUGCUUCUAAUCCUUCCCCCUUUUUUGGUGCGUUUGGGUUGGUGGUGGUAGCGGGGGUUGGGUGUGGGAUUCUUGUGGAAUAUGGAAGUUCUUUCUUGGCUUUAAUUCUGUUUUUAAUUUAUCUGGGUGGUAUGUUGGUUGUGUUUGCAUAUUCUGCAGCUUUAGCUGCGGAGCCUUAUCCUGAGUCUUGGUUAAAUUCAACGGUUGUAGUAUAUAUGUGUUGUUAUGCAGUUGCUGUAAUGGUGGGGGUUAGUGUGUUUUGGCAUGGGUGGGUUGGGGUUUUUUCUGGGUCAGCUGAUGAGUGAGGACCUUUUGGUGUAUUUCGUGCCGAUAAUGGGGGAGUAGCGGUGAUAUAUUCGGAAGGGGGGUGGAUACUAAUUGUUGGGGCGGGUGUUCUUCUUUUGACGUUGUUUGUUGUGUUAGAGUUGACUCGGGGUUUAAGUCGGGGUACUCUUCGUGCCGUUUAA